AUGGCCCAAACACACAAAAUCCUCGUCCUCCCAGGCGACGGCAUCGGCCCUGAAGUGAUGGCCGAAGCCAUCAAAGUCCUCAAGGCCUUUGAGACUCCCCAGCAUACCUUCCAGUUACGCCAAGAAUUAAUCGGAGGCUGCAGCAUUGAUGCAACCGGGAAGUCUGUCACAGACGAAGUCAAGCAGGCGGCUCUAGACUCCGACGCAGUGCUCUUUGCUGCAGUCGGUGGACCAAAAUGGGAUAACGCACGAAAGGGGCUCGAUGGGCCCGAGGGGGGCUUGCUGCAGUUGAGAAAGGCCAUGGAUAUCUAUGCGAAUUUGAGGCCUUGCUCGGCGGAUUCGCCGAGUAGCUCCAUUGCAAAGGAAUUUAGUCCGUUUCGGCAUGAGAUUAUUGAGGGAGUGGACUUUGUGGUCGUGAGAGAGAACUGCGGAGGUGCUUAUUUUGGAAAGAAAGUCGAGGAAGAAACCUAUGCAAUGGACGAGUGGGGCUACAGUGAAGCCGAAAUCCAGCGCGUAACCCGUCUAUCCGCAGAGAUUGCACAGCGACAUAAUCCCCCAUGGCCGGUGAUCUCACUCGACAAGGCAAAUGUUCUAGCGUCAUCCCGGUUGUGGAGGCGGGUAGUAGAGAAGACGAUGAGGGCCGAGUAUCCGGAUGUGAGAAUCGUGCAUCAGCUUGCCGAUUCGGCAUCUUUGAUUAUGGCGACAAACCCGCGGGCUCUAAACGGUGUGAUCCUGGCUGACAAUACCUUUGGAGAUAUGCUAUCCGACCAAGCUGGCUCGAUUGUUGGAACUUUGGGGGUUCUUCCCAGUGCUAGCUUGAAUGGUCUUCCCGGGGACAAGACAUUGAAGACACGGCCAUACGGGUUGUAUGAGCCUACCCAUGGAUCAGCACCGACAAUCGCUGGGCAAAAUAUUGCCAAUCCGGUCGCUAUGAUACUGUGCGUUGCAUUGAUGUUCCGUUACUCUCUGAAUAUGGAAGAUCAAGCUCAGAGAUUGGAAGAUGCGGUUCGAAAGGUUCUGGACUCUGGACUGCGGACUCCUGAUCUGGGAGGAAAUGCAGGGACAGAUGAAGUGGGCGAUGCCAUUGUGGCUACCUUGUGA